UUUCAACAGCAACAACAGUUCGUCAGUCACCUUGGUAGCUUGCUAGACAAAAUAGCCGAACCAAUAAAGCUCUUUAGACGCUUUCGUUGAUAUUAGCCACUGUGUUUUAAAACCUACUUCUGUGGUCUAGUUAGUUAUCAGAUUGAAUAUUAUAUUAAUGGUGUUGUUGUUAUUAUUCAGCUAGCGGGCUGGUUAAGUUAGCAUUAGCCUAGCUAGGUAACAUCUCCAACCAUGAGGUUACUAAGCUUCUCUCCUGCUAAAGAAGAGGUCUGCUGGACGGAGGAAGAAGUUAUCGUGAAAAAGGAGGAGGAAGAGGAGACUGUUUCAAUACAAAAACAAGUAGAGGGUGAGGCUGUUACCGUGAAGGAAGAAGUGAAAGACGUUACAGUGAAGGAAGAGAAAGAGGAUGAUGCUGUUUUUGGAGUGAAAGAGGGGGAGGGGGAGAUGACUGUCACAUUGAAAAACGAGAAGGAAGAAGAGGAGGGAACUGGAUAUCUGCGCCUGGUUUCCCAAAUGCAUCUUAAGGCAUCCAAUGGUUCUAACGAUGAACGGGUCCUGAUUAACACUAGAGAGAGAUGUGACUAUCGUGGAUCCUCUGGGGAUCCUCAACAAUAUCAUGAUGCUGAUGAGGCAGAGAAGAGUCUCUCCACAUCAGAACUCCUCAAGAAACACCAGCAGAGACCCACAGGGAAGAAAUCUCAUUGCUGCUCUGACUGUGGGAAACGUUGCAAAUCUUCAUCAGAACUUAAAAUACACCAGCGAGUACAUACAGGAGAGAAACCUUAUAGCUGUGAUCAAUGUGGGAAGAGUUUUACUCAGUCAAGCUCCCUGAAAUCACACCAUAGAACACACACGGGAGAGAAACCUUUUGUCUGUUAUCAAUGUGGGAAGAGUUUUACUCAGCUAGGCAACCUGAUAGGACACCAGCGGGGACAUACAGGAGAGAAACCUUAUAGCUGUGAUCAAUGUGGGAAGAGUUUUACUACAUCUAGCUAUCUAACUAUACAUCAGAGAACACACACCGGAGAGAAACCUUAUGGCUGCGAUCAAUGUGGGAAGAGUUUUACUCAGCUAAGCAGCCUGAUAGUACACCGGAGGGGACACACAGGAGAGAAACCUUAUAGCUGUGAUCAAUGUGUGAACAGUUUUACCUCAUCUAGCUAUCUAACUAUACACCAGAGAACACACACUGGAGAAAAACCUUAUUGCUGUGAUAAAUGUGGGAAGAGUUUUACUCAACUAAGCAGCCUGAUAUCACACCAGAGAACACACACAGGAGAGAAAUAUAGCUGUGAUCAAUGUGGGAAGAGUUUUACUACAUCGAGCUAUCUAACUAUACACCAGAGAAUACACACAGGAGAUACAUCUUAUGGCUGUGAUCACUGUGGGAAGAGUUUUAUUCGGCUACAAACCCUGAAAUCACACCAGAGAAUACACACUGGAGAGAAACCUUAUAGCUGUAAUCAAUGUGGGAAGAGUUUUACUCAGCAAAACGGCUUGAUAUCACACCAGAGAACACACACAGGAGAGAAACCUUAUAGCUGUGAUCAAUGUGGGAAGAGAUACUCU